CUUUUCUCAGCCAAGGGCAUUGUUCUUGAUUCUCUGUAGAUUCAGAUCACUUGUUUGGAACCAUGGAGGCCGAAAUCAAAUCUUUUCUUCCCAAUAUCGACCCAAUUCUCUCGGAAUACUCUGUUGGCUACCUCACUCAUGCUUCAAAUGCAUAUGUCCCGGAUGAUUCUACAGGACCUUCCCCGUUAGCAGAAGCAGCAAUAUCUAUCACAGCCCUACUAGUCUCUGCAUCUGGAGACGCAUCCCCGGGGAAUGAGGCCAAGAUCAGCCAGCUGGUAGAGAAAUGGGUGGAGAGGUUCAGCGAGGCAAAUGGGCAGCGAAAGCAGGUCUCGUUCGCUGCCAGGCGUUUAGAUCAAGCUAUCCAAGUAGGAGCCCAGCGGAAUAUGUCAUCUACCUUGGGUGUUUCUACUGGAGGUGUGGAUUUGGAGUCGGCAAACACGAGAAAGCUGGAGUCCAAGGUCGACAGGAAGAAGCUGGAGAAAGCCGAACGAAAGAUUGCUGCCAAACAGAGCAAGAAGACCUUCAAGGCUGUCGAAUAUGAAGCAUCCAGAUUACUCAAUCAGCCAGAUGAUGCACAAUCUUACGAGGAAUUCUUUAUGGCCGUUAAUCCUCUGCAACUGGGAUCAAAUGCUCAAGGCCAGCAAAAGAGCAAGGAUAUCAAGUUGGACGGGAUCGAUGUGUCUAUUGGAGGACUCAGGAUUUUGACAGAUACUUCUUUGACUCUGGCUUAUGGCCGGAGAUAUGGUUUGGUUGGUCAAAACGGUAUCGGAAAAUCUACGCUUUUGCGAGCACUGGCUCGACGAGAGCUGGCCAUCCCCACCCAUAUUUCCAUCCUUCACGUAGAACAAGAAAUUACUGGAGAUGACACUCCUGCGUUACAAGCUGUACUUGAUGCAGAUGUGUGGCGAAAACAUCUUCUGGCAGAACAAAUCAAAAUCACGAAGCAACUAGCAGACAUUGAGGCAGAGCGGUCGGGUAUGGCCGAUACUUCCGGUGAUGCAGAGAAGCUUGAUCGAGAGCGUGAAGGCCUGGAUCAGACUCUGGGUGAUGUCCAGUCAAAGCUGGCAGAAAUGGAAUCCGACAAAGCAGAGUCUCGGGCGGCAACAAUUCUUGCUGGUCUGGGCUUCUCCCCAGAACGUCAACUAUUCGCAACGAAAACGUUCUCUGGUGGUUGGCGAAUGCGUUUGGCGUUGGCCAGAGCCCUGUUCUGUGAGCCGGAUCUUUUGCUUCUUGACGAACCGUCGAACAUGUUGGACGUUCCGUCGAUUACCUUCCUUGCCACAUAUCUUCAAGGAUAUCCCAGUACAGUGCUGGUAGUCAGUCACGACAGAGCCUUUUUGAACGAAGUCGCCACAGAUAUCAUACAUCAACAUUCAGAACGAUUGGAUUACUACAAGGGAGCCAACUUCGAGUCUUUUUACGCGACCAAGGAAGAGAGAAGGAAGACCGCCAAGAGAGAAUACGAGAACCAGAUGGCACAAAGAGCACACCUCCAAGCCUUUAUUGAUAAGUUCCGCUACAACGCCGCCAAAUCAUCAGAAGCUCAGUCACGAAUCAAAAAGUUGGAGAAGAUGCCCGUUCUCGAAGCGCCAGAGAGCGAGUACACUGUACACUUCAAGUUCCCUGAUGUUGAGAAGCUCUCCCCUCCUAUCGUGCAGAUGACGGAUGUCACAUUCGGAUAUAGCAAGGACAAUGUACUUCUCAAACACGUUGAUCUGGAUGUUCAACUCGACUCUCGAAUCGGCAUCGUAGGACCCAACGGUGCCGGUAAGACUACCGUACUCAAGCUUCUCAUUGGCAAAUUGACGCCGACAUCUGGUCUUAUUUCCCAGAACCCCAGACUUCGAGUUGGUUUCUUUGCUCAACACCAUGUUGAUGCUCUCGACCUAACCACAAGUGCUGUGAGUUUCAUGGCCAAGAACUUCCCAGGAAAGCAGGACGAAGAGUAUCGUCGCCAUCUUGGAGCUUUCGGUAUCACUGGCAUGACUGGUCUCCAGAAGAUGGAGCUGUUAUCUGGAGGUCAAAAAUCCCGUGUUGCAUUCGCUUGUCUAUCUCUCCAGAACCCACAUAUCCUAGUUCUUGACGAACCUUCUAAUCAUUUGGAUAUCGAGGCCAUGGAUGCGUUAAGCACGGCAUUAAAUCAGUUCCAAGGAGGCGUGCUCAUGGUUAGUCACGACGUGACGAUGUUACAGACAGUUUGCACGAGUCUUUGGGUUUGUGACAAUGGAACAGUUGAAAAGUUCCCCGGAGAUGUGCAGGCCUACAAGAAGAGAAUUACCGCUCAAGCAGAUGCGAGCGGUGUUGUACAAGCACAUUAGAGCACGGAGCCUGCCUACGUGUCUCAAAUGAAAUUAUGAUUUGACGGCAGAGAAUUGCUGUGGGCCCUUUCUCUGCUCAAUGUGCUAUGUCAAGCUGGAACUUGCGAACGCUUUCCUCUCUAAAUGUACACAUGCAUUGUUGUCCAUUCAAUGUUUGCUAAGAUGAAGAUAUAUGCGAUACAUCGGGGUCGGGGAUACCGAGCGAGAGGAAUGUAUUCUUCACCCGUUUCUUGCGGCGUUGACCCACCUUGACAGUUAGAGCAUAGACAGAGCAAAGAUGUUUAAAAUGUGAUUAUGAUUUAAUGGCUG